AUGACUGAACAGAUUGAGAAAUUAAGGUACAUCUCCAGCACUGGACACAUUACAUCCAGAAAAGACAUCCCUCUGGAAACAAAGGGCAUACCACCUACCCCAUUCACCCUCUCAAAAGAAAAGAUCCCAACUGAGAAAGACGUUUCCAAGAACCCCGCGAAGGCCGCCAUAAAGGAGUCCCUGAAUUCCGCAAGGGGACGGGUGUCUAGAAAGGGAAGCGGGACUGCGGGACGCUCGCGAAAUCUGGAAGCAGGUAAGUCCCUCGACUGGCCCCGUGGCGUCGCCCCAAAACUCGCUCGCGUCCUCCCGCUCCUUAGCUCCCGACGCACGCACCCCUCGCCCGGGUCAGACCUGCCCUCGAGGGCAGGAGCCCCGACCCCGGCCUUCCGGCCACCCACACAGCCUGCAGCCGCCUCCACCGCAGUGGACGCUUGGGCAGCCCGGACCCUGGACGGCAAUCCUCCGGCUGGUGUUAAAGGACCCGCGUCCGGAACCCGGAGCCGACGCCCAAACUCACCGGAGUACUCCAUUCUGCGCUCAGGACGCCGACGCCAGGUCCACACUUACGGCCGCUGUCCCCGAGGAUUGGCGCUCACCGCCCCCAUCCCCCAGCGCCCUCUGACGCCAGGCCAGAAGCCGCCACCAACGCCCCUGCAGCCACCGCCACCACCGCGCAGGGAGCCGCAGCCCCGCCCCCUGAGCCUCACGCCUCUCGCUCAGCCCCGCCCCGCUCGCCGAGGCCAAGCCGAUUGGCCUGCUCUCCUGGGGGGCGGGGAUUCCCGCCCAGGAGCAGGUGGGGUGGCGGCUGGUUUCUGGGACGGCCUAUGA